AUGCACCGCCGGUCGCUGAUGGGCGCCAUAUCCCUGGCAGGCGCGCUCUUCGUCGGCUGCGAGCUGCAGGCGCAGAGGAGUAUAGCCGACGCGUCCACGCAGCUGUACACGUACCAGAGCCCGGCAGGCCUGUUGGUCUUGGCCCUCAAGGUGUGCAUCUUCUGCUGGUUUGCGCGCACCGUGCGCGCAACCGUCGCGGAGGAGAGCACGAAGGGUUUGAGGUGGUUCUUCGGGCUCCUCGUGGCCAUUACGUCGCUGUGGUCUCUGAUGGUGCCCGUCACGGUGGCCCUCGCGUUCUUGGUUUCGCCUUGCUGGCGCUACAAGGUCGUGACCACGGCCGAGAUCGCCGCGCGCCUGCUGACGCAGGCGGUGCUGACGUGGCUGUUCUGCGGCCCGGUGAGCCCCAUCACGGCCAGGAACUGCCUCCAGCGGGAGGCGCCCCGCCUCGCGGGGAAGCUCAUCGACCUGGAGGACGCUCCAAGGCACGCCGCCGGGCAGCAGCGCCUGCCCGACCACGGCGCCCUCGCACCGUGA